CAGUAUAUGCUUCUAAUGAUGAAAAUGAAAGUGUACAAACUUAUAAGGAGAUUACUCAGUUGAAAGUGGUAGGUUAUCCCUGGAUAAUUGGGGGAGAUUUUAACACUGUAAGAUCCCCUCAGGAGACUUCUAAUUAGAGAUCAAUUACUUCAAGUAUGGAGGAGUUUAAUAAGUGGAUUGAUGAGAUGGAAUUGGUGGACUAUAGAACAACAGGGCCACAAUUUACUUGGACAAAUAGGCAAUCUCAACACCCUAUUGCUCGACGUCUUGACAGAGGCUUAGUUAACAUAGAGUGGAUUGAGCAGUUCAAAAAUUGCACUAUGGAAGCUAUACCUGCUCCAUUUUCUGAUCAUUGUGGGAUCCUGGUUUCUACAGUAGCUCCUAUAAAAUCUCUACCCAAGCCCUUCAAGUACUUCGAAUUUUGGGCAGAGCACCCUCUCUUUUUGGGGAUAGUUGAAGAAGCAUGGAAUGGUGAAGUCUCUGGGUCCCCUUUACAGGUUAUUCAAGUUAAAAUGGGUCGAGUUAAGCAAGCUUUAAAGAAAAUCAAUAAGGAAGUGUAUGGUAACUUGCAGGACCAGGUUAAGGAGGCUGAGGGGGAACUAUUGCGUGCCCAAACAACAGCAUAUCAAGACCCUACCUCAGAUAAUUUUGAAGCUGUUUCUCUUAAGAAGGAUCACUAUAAUCACAUAAUCUCAGCAUAUGAAAGCUUUUGUUGGCAAAAAUCGAGAGUUUCUUGGUUGAAAGUUGGAGAUCAGAGCUCCAAUUUCUUCCAUCAAGCUGUCAAGAUUCACAACUCUAAACGUGCUAUCAGGAAGUUGGUUACAGACUCUGGGGUGGAAUUGUAUCAGGCUGAGCAGCUUGUUGAGGAGGUUCUGGGAUAUUACAAAAAACUCUUGGGGGAAGUUAAUAUGGAGAUUAAUCCAAGUAGAGAGGAAGUUGACCAGCUGGUUCGACAAAGAUUACCUGAUCAUGAAUGUGCUAAUCUGGUUAAGGAAAUCACAGCAGAGGAGAUUAGAAGUGUGGUAUUCAGCUUGAAUCCUCAAAAAGCGCCAGGGCCAGAUGGGUUUUCAGCAUGAUUUUAUAGGAAGACGUGGCCAAUUAUUGGGGAGGAUAUCAUUAAUGGGAUUCUCUACUUCUUCAAAACAGGUAAUCUCCCUAGUGGAGUGAAUGCUACUGCUGUGUCCCUUAUCCCUAAAAUAUCAAAUGCUGAUACCUUAAAGAAUUAUCGGCCUAUUUCAUGUGUGAACUUGCUCUAUAAAAUAAUAGCCAAGAUACUUGCCAGGCGCAUUAGUGAUAUUAUGCCAUUGGUUAUUAGUAGUACACAAUCAGCAUUUGUUAAGGGUAGGAGCAUUAUGGACAACAUUCUGUUGGCUCAGGAGCUUGUGAAUGGAUAUAAUAGAAGUCACCUGUCUUCUAGAUGUGCAAUCAAAAUUGACAUCAUGA